AUGAAGAGUUUGGCCCAAAGACGCCAGUCUGCACCAUCUUUGAUCUUUGUCAAAGCACUUCACAGAUCUCGAUCAGUCUCAAGGGAAGGCUGCUUCUCCCCCAUCAGCCCAGAGGCAUGUCCCCUCGUGCAGUCUUUCAUCUGCCAUGACCGCACAUUCAUCCUGGACGGCCACGUGCAGCUGAAGACGGGUCUGCAAACCCAGGAGCGACACCUGUUCCUCUUCACAGACCUCCUGGUUGUUGCCAAGUCCAAGUCACACUCUCAUUUCAAACUGAAGUGCCAAGCACGUCUCUGUGAGAUGUGGACAGCAUUUUGUACAGAAGAAGUCUGUGAAGGCAGCACAGACCCAGAGAGGUCCUUUGUCUUGGGCUGGCCCACCACAAACUGCGUGGCAAAUUUCAGGUCUGCAGAACAAAAGGAAACAUGGCUGUCUUUUUUGCAAAGUCGAAUAAGAGAAGAGAAGGAAAAAGACUAUCCUAAGAGCAUUCCUCUGAAGAUAAUUGCAAAGGAUGUGGGAACUUGUGCAUAUUCAAAAACCCUAAGUGUAACCAAUGUUGAUACAGCAAAUGAUGUCAUUCUCAUGGCCCUGCAGCAGCUGGGAAUUAAUGGCUCUGAAAAAGACUACAAGCUGUGGGUAAUUUCAGGAAGAGAAGAUGCUCCUUACCCUCUUAUUGGACACGAAUAUCCCUUCGGCAUUAAAAUGAGCCACAUUCGCGACGCGAUGCCCCAUGGAUCAAAGCCCUGUGCCUGCCCCAGGCAGCUUCAGGGGACCUUCUUGACGGAGCAGCUGCCCCAGGAGCUGCAGUGCCAGUUUGUGCUGAAGCCCAGCCGGCUGGAGCUGGGCCAGCAGCUCAGCGACUUAAGCCAAAAGUCAUUUAAAAGGAAAAGAUCUAUCAUCAAUUGGGCCUUUUGGCGUGGCCCAGGCACUCACUUGGACAACACAACCCUCUCCUCAGCAUCUGCAACUCCUGGGAAGCUCUUUGGCCUCUUGCUAACAGCCAUCUGUGAGGAUGACAACCUACCCAAACCCCUCUUGGACAUGCUUUACCUUCUUUACCAAGAGGGCCCUUCCACUGAGGGUAUUUUCAGACGUUCUGGAAGUGCAAAAACCUGCAAAGAGCUCAAGGAGAAGCUUGAUUCAGGUGUUGAAGUGGAUCUAACCUGUGAAUCCAUAUUUGUGACCGCAUCUUUAUUUAAGGAUUUUCUUCGCAACAUCCCAGGCAGCAUUUUGUCAUCCCAGCUCUGUGAUAAGUGGGUCUCUGUGAUGGAUCAAGGAAAUAAUGAAGAGAAGAUAAAAAGCAUCCAAAGGUUGAUAGAGCAGCUCCCCAGAGCUAAUGUUGUUCUCUUACGUUACCUCUUUGGAGUGCUGCACGGCAUCGAAACGCGCUCUGAAGAGAACCAGAUGAAUGCAUUUAACCUGGCUGUCUGCAUUGCACCCAGCCUGCUCUGGCCUCCUGCUUCCUCCAGCCCUGAUAUAGAAAGUGAAUUCACAAAAAAGAUUUCUAGUCUGGUACAGUUCCUUACUGAGAAUUGCUGCAGGAUUUUUGGAGAGGAAAUUACCUCCCUCUUUGGAGAAAUACUCAUGACAUGCAAGAGAGAGAACGGCUCAGAUGCUGCAUCUCUCCAUCUGAAUGACUCUUCCUAUGACAGCCUGGAGAAUGAGGUGAACGAUGAAGCUGACUCCUCUUCCAGUGACUGGAUUAAGAACCGAGACCAGGACAACCGGAGCAGGGAGUCUGUCUUCACUCUGAGUGACGUGGAUUCGGAGCAGACAGAGGUGGAUGAAAUCCAAAGUAAAACCAAAUCCAAACAGCUGGCGGUUUCUGUCGACGUGCACUGUAAGUUUUCAUCACAAGAGAACUCGAAGAAUGAGUCUCUCUGCUCCAAUGCACUGGGCUUCUCUUCAGCAGCUACCUCAGGUGCUCUCAAAACCUUGAGAAGACACAGGCGCUCCUCAGAGCCUGCAAUUGGCCUCCUGGUGCCCAGCUUUGCCCACGCGGGUGACAGUCACGAGAAGGCGACACGCAAAGCCAGCUGUGACGUUGUCCUGUCUCACGAAGAUGAAGACUAUCUCUGUCAGCUUCGGUCAUUGCAGGUGGAGGGGCAAAAGCUCAUCAAUCAGAGCUUGAUUAUAGGGAUUAAUGUUGGUAAAAGUGACAACACUAACCAAAACAUUGAAAAGAAGGACUUUUCCCAUUGCCUCCUGCCUCCAACGCUGGAGGGAUUAAAUAUUUGCUCAGGAUUUAGCUCUUCUAGCCUGUCUUCUCCUGGGACGUCUCCAUCUGUGUCAUCGAUGAGCUCUCUGGACAGUGCUUUCUCUCAGUUUUCAGACCAAUCUGUGUUUACCCCAACUGAAACCUCCUCCCCUUUCGAUAGCACUUUUCAGUCGCUAAAGAAACAUGAAGACGCUGCCCCUGAAGUGGCUGAUGACUAUUUGGUUACACCCACCAAGGUGCCACCAUCUCCACAACCUCCUAACGCUUUGGCUGACGGGGGCUUGCUGGAGCCCAGCAAGAGGCCCACACCCCUGAAGCCUACUGAUGGAGUCGAUGGCUAUUUGAUUAAUCCUGAUAUUCAGCCAUUACCUCUGAAAGUCACAGGAAGAGACAGACUUUAUGACCCGAGAUCAAAGAGGAGGUCUCGAAUAGCAUUACAGCAAUCCAGAGUUUGA